CGCACCCGCACCACGCGCCGCCGCGCAUGCAGCUGCAGCCCAUGCAGCCGCAGGGCCAGGCUGCUGGAGUGGGCGUGGGCGUGGGCGUGGGCGCGGCGGGAGCGGCGCGGGGCUCGCCGCGCGUGCUCAACCCGCAGGCGGCGCACGCGCAGCACCGCCCGCCGCGCCCGCGCACUCCGCUGCAUCAUACGCUGCAGCAGCACCAACACGCCCAACAACAUCAGCAGCACCAAAUAGCUCAGCACGUCAUUGGCCAACAGGUUCACCAGCAACAACUGAAUCAGCUCAAGCUCUCCACCCAUCAACUCCUCACCCAACAAAACCAGACACAUGGACAAACUACACGAAUCAUCACACCACAGGGGACAAUAGUAACGCAAAAUCUACAAUCUUCGAUGCCUCAACAUACGGUGGUUCAGACGAAUCAGAAUAACGGGCCCCUCCCUCCUCAGAACACCCUCACUAACAUUUCCCAAAGGUCAUCCCCCCAUCCGCAGCAGGUACAGCAAGUGAAAAAGGUCGUAGUGCAACCGAAUAACGCGAGCGACAUGGACGACCUCGAGGAUAGCAUUACGGCGGCCAUACUGACGAAGCGCUCGGUGAGCGAGAGCCUGUCGCCGUCCCCGCAGCAGUACGCGGCGCCGCGCGGCCCCUUCGCGGGCGCGCACUUCCCGGCCUACGAGCCGCCGCCGCCGACGCUCUCGCAGCUGCUCAUGGAGCCCGACGCCGACGACGAGCGCCAGCUGCUCACGCUCACCAACGGGCAGAGGAUCACGCUCGCCGACUACCGCCGCAUGCAGCAGCCGCAGCGGGCUGCUCCUGUGCAACAACAAGUCAGGGAAACUGGAAGACAAACAUUAGUGAGAAGUAAAGAACAGCCGAGGCCUGUACAGAGGGUACCUCCAAUGCAAACCCAGCAACAACCUCCCCACCUAGAAAACAACGAAAGUAUGUCCGGACCUUCAGAACAAACAACAGAGCCACAAUCUGCCAAAAUGUUGAUAUUCCUUCAAAAUGGUGAACAAAGGUUAAUCACAUUUACACUGCCUAAAGAAAGUUGCACACUGCAAGAAGUUCUAGAGCAGGUCAAUGUUCCUUUUUCGGAGGAUACCCACAUACAGUGUAUGCAAAAUACGAGUAGUGAAAUUGAUUACUUUGUAUCAGUGGGUUCAACAACAAGGAUUGAAGAGAUGCUAGAAAACCACCCGAUGUUAGUAGGAGAUAUUAGUAAUAGAAAUUCACCUUCAGUUAUGUCCCAACCUCAAAGUAGUGAAGUUUCAACACUUUCAACACCUGAGAAAUCCCAGUGUCCUGACACAGGUAACAAUAGUCCAGAAUCUCCAGGGCCGCGAUCCCCGCCGCCCAGACAUGUUGAUGGCAUGUUGGCUGUUUGUAAAUCCUGUGGCUACACUGGGUACGACUUCAGCCGGUGUGAAAGGUGUAAACGAGUAUUUACAGAAGAGCCUAAAAGCGUACCAAGUAAAAAAGUUGAACAGAAAAAGAAGGAACCUGAGAAAACCAUACCAUCAUUAGAAAAGCAAAACACAUGUACAGAAGGCAUUAAAUUAAAUUUAUUAAAGACUACAAUGAAAACACUCAACAAUAAAACUCCUGUGCAAGAAAAGAAACCACCUAGAGUAAGAAAGCCACGAGGCAAACAGCCAGAUCCAGAGCCUGUGAUAUUGACCUUGAGUUCAGAUGAAGAAGAUUCAAAUAGUUCCAUGAUGAGCAAUCAGCAUGAGCAAUCAAUAAGUAUGAAGGAGCCAUCACUAAGUGAAAUAGAAGGAGGCACACCAGAUAGCGGAAUUGGUAUUGACAGCAUGGAUGAUGGGAGCCGAGAUGAAAUCACCCAAAAUUCCUCACCAGUCACAGCACUUAACUGCCGAACCAUAAGGAUUGGGUCGUAUCGAUAUACACCCAAAGAAAAGGUAUACAUAUCAUCAAAAGGUAUAAAAAUCAUAGCACCUUCACUCAAAAUUGAGUCACGAGAAGUGGCACUUCAAAUACAGCUAAAAGAAGUUGUCAGGAUACUGGUACACUUUGGUAAAGGUUUGCCAGUGAUUUUUUUAUAUACUAUGAGCAAAUGCGGUGGCUAUAUCAGAAAAGCGCUGGAUAUGGUUGAAGAAUCAGGCCCUUAUUAUAACCCAAUGUCGAAAAUAGAUCCUUUCAAAAGAAUAACAUUGUUACCUGAAACUAUAUCAGAAGAAGCCAAAAUGACAUUAAAGGCUUUAUUUGGUAAAGUGAUGGAUGAAUUAAAUGCUCGGGAAGCCAAUGAUAUAUUAGUGAGAACCUGCCCUAAAGAGAGUAAUAAUGUUACUAAAAUGACGACAAGAUUGUCGAGUGCUUCCAUUGCAGCUGGGGCUAAAAGUUCUAACCCUGCAGAGAUAAGGCAAAUAUUAAUUUAUCCACCUGGCAAAGGUGGCAUACCAAUCAACACUGAAGACUACAUGUGCCUAGCUCAAGAUCAAUUUUUGAAUGAUGUCAUCAUAGACUUUUAUUUAAAACAUUUAGUUCAUGAUGUCCUAACACACAGUCAGAGAGAAAAGACUCAUAUUUUUAGCACAUUUUUCUAUAAAAGGCUUACUACAAAACCAAGCAAAGUUAAUAAAAGUUCGAAUCCUCAUGAAUGGGAUAGUGCUUUGACGCCAGCUCAGAAGCGUCAUGCAAGAGUAAAGACGUGGACAAAAAAUGUGAACAUAUUUGACAAAGAUUAUAUUGUAGUUCCUAUAAAUGAAAAUUGUCACUGGUUUGUGGCUAUAAUUUGCUACCCAAGCUUAGAUGGCUGCCGAAGUACGAUAGAUAACCGCUUAGUUACCCCCCAGGAGAUAAAGAAAAAAGAACGUAGAUCGUCGAUGCAAAUAGGAAAUACAACCAUCACACCACUGAAUAAACAGGAACAGCUUACAUUAAGUUGUGAUUCUGACAAUCUUAGUGAACGCGACGAGGCUGAGGCCGAGGAAAGUGACUUGGACAUGCAGUGUGAUACUGAUGAUGAUGAAGCAGAAAAAAACCCCAUAGAAAAGAAAGUCGAAAUACAAACAAAUAGAAAAUCUGAACCUAUUAAACAACCAUGUAUACUAAUAUUUGAUUCAUUAGCUGGGGCAUCUAGAUCCAGAGUUGUAGCAACAUUAAGAGAUUACCUCACUUGUGAAUACCAAGCUAAAGUUUCUCAUAAUAAAGUAUUUAAUAAGGACAACAUUAAAGGAAGUUGUCCUAAAAUACCACAACAAAACAAUUUCACAGAUUGUGGGUUGUACUUAUUACAAUAUGUUGAACAGUUUUUUAAAGAUCCUAUAUUAGACUAUUCUCUUCCUAUAAAACAAUUAGCUAAUUGGUUUGAUGAAAUUGUUGUUACUCGAAAACGUGAAGAGAUUUCCAUUUUAUUAAAAACAUUAAUGCACAAAUACAACCCAGAAUCGCAUUUGGCUUUGCCUGAUAUUACAUUCCCUACUUUAAAUGGUAAAUUGAUUGAGAGUGAAGAUCAACAGGAAGAUAGCUCUGAUGGCGAUAAGGGCAAUUCAAGCAAAUUGCAAAAAUCUGAUGGAAAGGAUUCUGAAACUCCAACACUUACAUUUGUAAAACAAAUGCCAACUGGUGACAUAGUAGUUAAGAGAAAUUAUGCGGACUCUUCUGAUACUAUACAUUUGCGUAAAACUAUAAGGCUUUCAAGUGAUGCAGAAAAUAGAUCUAUGGUCCAAAUUAAGCAAGAAUUUAUCAAGAAAGGUGAUAGCGAAAAUCAAAUUUUGAUUCCUAUUAAGUUACAUACAAGUGACUUGGUUAAAGACAUUCAAAAUACUUUAAUAGUUAAUAAGAAUAAUAAAACUUUGGGUGAUAAAAAACAUGGUGUACAUAAUCAGAAUGUAUCCAACAUAAACUGUAUUCGACAAAACAUUGGUGAAAGUGACAGUAAUUCAUUCCUGAAAUCAAGGAGGGUAAACAAACUCGAUGAUGUUAUGAAUGAAACAAGUAAAAAGUUUAAAAAGAAUGAAUGUUGAUACUUGUUGCCUGUCCAUAUACCAUGUCUAUUAAAUUAUUAUUAAUUUAAUAAAUUG